UUAGAGGAGAAAAACAAAUAUUCUGAACCAGUUGACUGCAGACAUAGUACAAGAGAUGACCAGAGACUACGAACAUAGUACAGGAGAUGACCAGAGACUGCAGACAUAGUACAGGAGAUGACCAGAGACUGCGGACGUACUACAGGAGAUGACCAGAGACUGUGGACAGUACAGGAGAUGACCAGAGACUGCGGACACAGUACAGGAGAUGACCAGAGACUGCGGACACAGUACAGGAGAUGGCCAGAGACUGCGGACACAGUACAGGAGAUGACCAGAGACUGCGGACACAGUACAGGAGAUGACCAGAGACUGCGGACACAGUACAGGAGAUGACCAGAGACUGCGGACACAGUACAGGAGAUGACCAGAG